UAAGUGGCACACCACAUCAAAAUUCCAUCCGGAUUUCUAGCAACAACUUUCCGCAGAACCAACAGCAUUAAAAAAUGGUUAAAUCGCGUACGAAAAAUGAUCCUAGCUAUGAAGGGAGGCUUUCUCUUGCUAUUGAUGCGCUAAAUAACGAAAAAAUCACGAAAUUACGCGACGCCGCACGCACUUUUGACGUAUCUUUAACAACACUGCGAAGGCGCCUGAAGGGCUCAGUUCCAGCGCAUAAUGCCGGUAUUACACGCAGAAAGAUGACCCCUACAGAAGAAGCUGUACUCCGGGGUUGGGUCUUCUCACUAGAGCGCCGUGGCGUUCCGCCUAGGCAGCAUAUGCUCCAUGAAAUGGCAAAUAUUUUGCUAGCUCAAAGAGAUCCUACCAAAAUACCUGAGAAGGUUGGUAAGAAUUGGGUAACAACCUUUCUUAAGCGACAACCGGAUCUCAAGGCUAAAUUCGCACGCCGAUUAUCCUAUUCUAGAGCUCUUUGUGAAGAUCCAGUCGUUAUUGGUGGCUUUUUUGAGGAGAUUAAGCAGCUCAAAGAGGAAUAUGGGAUUGCCGAUGAAGAUAUAUACAACUUUGACGAGACAGGGUUCGCCAUGGGGAUCUCUUCUACAGCAAAAGUUAUAUGCAGCUCAGAUCGUUCAGGAAAACCUAGCCUCAUUCAGCCAGGAAAUCGUGAAUGGGUUACUGUUGUUGAGUGCGUUGGAAGCACCGGCACUGUGGUGCCUCCCCUGAUUAUAUUCAAAUCCGGCACCAACAGAGCUGAGUGCGUACGGAUCCAAACUUAUACCACACAAAAUAUUAAGAGCGGCUUUUCACACACUGGGAUUGUGCCAUAUAAUCUACAAAAAGUCCUAUCUCAGUUGCAAAUUGCUGUCCGGGAGGCUACUCCAGCCUCAAUUCGCCCUAGCACGUCAAGCAGCAGCACCUGGAGCCCAAAAACGCCUUACAAUGCCCGUACGCUAGAAAAACAGGCCAAAUCUGUCAAGAGAUCUCUCAAUAUGGGAGAUUUAGACAGCAAUUCGCCAUCGUGUCCGGCUUUUAACCAGUUGAUCAAGGGAUCCCUUGUAGUGAUGCACCAAGCUGCCAUUUUAGCUAGGGAGAACCAUAACCUACGCGAAGCAAAUGAUAUUUUACAGAAGCGCCGCACUCGCCGUACAAAAGCCCUACAAGCCGAUGGUAUUUUGACAGUCGCUGAAGGCCGAGAGCUUGCUCAGGAGCUUCCUGAAGAGGCUCAACCCCCUCCUCCACCCAACGGGAGCGCGCCUUUGCAGCCAGCUCAACGGGCCCUACCAAGGUGUAGUAAUUGCUGGGAAAUAGGGCAUAAGCGCAAUCGCUGUCCAAAUAUAUCUACAUAG